UUUUUAUUUUAUUUUCUACAGACUCCGGCCCAACUUCUAGGGAGAAACGACCUGCCCCUGAUAUCGGAGGAAGAGGCCUUCGAGACGAUGACGAAACUCGCGAAGCGCUUGUCGGUCCUUUUUGCCGUGUCCAUCGCCUCCGCAGUCGUUUCCGGGGAUAAGUUCGACGACCCUUAUAACUACGAGUACAGCUACGGGGACUACGACUUCCACUACGACUCGGGGCUGGGCAGGGACUCCCUCCAGGCCAGGAACCGACUUGCGGACCCAGAGCACUUCAGCGCCAGUGACGGGCUAAAUGGAGAGAAACCUGCCCUGCCCCUGUGCUGUCCUGAGGGUCAGAUCUUUGACCUGAACCAAAAUUGCUCCUCACCACCCGUGGGCUGGAAUUGGAGGCCUAAGCUGUCUGGGGAACCCAGUGCAACUUUCACAUUUAGAGGAUUUCCAAACUGUAAAUUGAAUGAACCUGUGUCCAUUUACCAGAAAGAAGUUUUAUUUGAUGAUGGGGAUGCUUUUGUCCCCCACUAUAUACAGUUGAAUGCAGUACCCUUGUCCAAAUAUUGUGUUACAAAGGUUUAUGAAAACAGUGACCCAGAGGAGUGUGAGACCCAUCAGACCAAGGUCUUUGUAUGUGUUGAGCCAAAGGAACCAGAACUUAGCCUCUAUUGGACAGGGGUGGCCCUUGCACACUUCUUCCUUGUACUUACACUUCUUGCAUACUUCUUUGUCAGGGACCUGAGAUGCUUGCAGGGUCAAUACAUGAUAUGCUUCCUGAUAUCUCUUCUCAUUUAUAAUGUCUGCCUGCUGCCAGGAUCAGUUCUCACCAUGGAUAUUAGCUUUGUAUCAUGUGUAUCCCUAGGUGCUGUUAAAUACUUCUUCUUCUGUGGAGUUAUGCUGUGGUUUAAUGUUAUUUGCUUUGACAUCUGGAGGACACUCAAGAACCGUCAGGAUGUUGGGUCCAGGAAAAGAUUCCUGAUCUACUCCAUUUAUACAUGGGUCUUUGGAGCUGUCUUAACAACAGUUGUUUUAGUGAUACCAUAUGCUUCUGGAGAAAAUCGUGAUGCAUCACUUAUGGAACCAAUCAAGAAUAUGUGUAAACUGAAAACUGAUAUUAAUGUUAUCUUGCAACUUGUGGAGACUUUGUUGAUGAUAAUUAAUUUAGUCUUCCUAAGUCUGGCUACUUCAAACACAUGUAAAUAUCCAAAGUUUGGAAAUGGUCUCCCACGAUGUGAAGCCAAUCUUAGCUUGAAACAGGGUUGGAAACUCUUCAUUAUUAUGAUAGGGCACACACUGAUCGACAUACCAGAUGACAUAUUGUACAUUGAGGUUGUUGACUUAUGGCGAUAUGUGUGCAUUGAAGCCAUAGCACUGUUUGCUGUGUUCGCCUAUCGAAAGACUGUGAUCAAAGCAAUAUAUCGUUGCUUCUUCUGGACUCCUUGUUAUCACCCAGAUGAAGAAAUGUCUUCUGUCCAAGAGAAAGAUCAGCUUACAACAAUGAACUGAGUUUGACUGUCAAAGUUAUGUGGUAUAAUCUAGGGCUAAAAAUUUUCUUUGAAAAUGUGUCUGAGGGACACCUUCAGUAGACAACAUGGGCCAAUAGUAGGUUUGUCAAAUAUACAGUAUUAAUAAUAUAGAGCACUGACCAAGUCUACCAUUUGAAAUUUUUUAUUUAAAAGAGUGCACUCUGUGUUUGAUUUGAUGGUGCAUUUUCACUUGAUUAUGGUAAUUUUGUACAUGCCAGUAGCAAUUAACUAUUCAGAAGUCAUAUUGAAUAUGAUUGUGACAAGGAUGCAGACAAUCAAAAAUGUUAACUCUAAGAACAGAACAUUAGAAAUUUUAUACUUGUAUACACCAUUUUGUUUAUGGAGGACAAAUUAAGUGUUUUUUGUCCUUUGAUAUAGACUGAUCACCUGUAACAGGGACUUGCAAGGAAGAUAAUGGAUUGACUUCCACAGCGAAGCCAUUGAAAACUUUGUUGCUGCAGCUUUAAAUAUUCUGUUAGAUUGAUGAAGUUACAUCUAUUUCCUAACAAGGAAGUUUUACCUUACUUUAUUUCUCAAUAAGGAAAGAGGAAUUACCAAAUGUAGAAAUCAGAAUUUUGGUAACUAGCAUGAUUACAAAUAACCCAGAUAUUUACUUGUUUUAUUUAUUUUUUGUUAUUAUUAUAAUUUUAAAUUUAUGUAUGGAAACUCUUUCUUCAAUGUUGUAUCAGCAGAUACACAAGUAUACAAAAUGUAGCAGAUUCACUCACUCUUUAUCUUGUGAUUUUCUAAAUGUUGUAAACUGUUGUUUCCAGUUGUACAUAAAUGGGAAUGUUUGGAAAUGGUCUUGCUCAUUAAUAUGUAUAUGUGUCAGGAUAUUUUGAGCAUCUAAUAGGCUCAUUUUUAUGGUAGAUGAGUACAGAGUUCUUUACUUGUACAAGAUAUUUUUUAUUCUGACAGUUGAUUGCAUUUAGAUAACUGUGUUAAUCUUGGGAUGCUUAUUUUGGUUUUGUUUAAAUUAUUUAAUCAAAAUAUAAAGCAUGUUGCUCAAUUGCAUAUUCUUAUGAAAUUUGUUUAUUAACUCAGUCUGUUUGCAUUUUCUCUUUUUGUGAUAUGGCAGUGAGUAAUUUACUGCUAAUAUGCUGGUAGAUAUAUUGCAGAACACAUUUGUAUGGUAACAUAAGAUUUUAUUUAUUAUUUCUUUGAGAUGAUAUGAAAGAAGGAUAUUUCUGUAUAUUCUUAAAAUAUUUAUUUGAUAGCUAAGCAAUUUUGCUUAAGUAAGGAGUGACAUUUUGAGUUUGCCAACAAAUAUUGUUACAUUGAUUAAGGAUGUGAGAACAGGAAAAGUGAAGACCUUUUGUCUUAUUUGUUUUUCUUAACUUUCAUCCCUGCCUUUCAGACCAUAUCUUUGCCUGCUGUUAUUACUUUAUUUUGUGCAUUCAGCAUUAGGGUAAAUUAAUGGCAUGAUCCCCCCCCCCUUACUUUUUCUAACUGAUGCCAAGAAAGGCAGAGAAAUAAGCAUUCCAUGUCAGGAGGUGUGAAGGCUUCUUGAUAUAUUUACAUUUCAUUUGUGUUAAAAGUAAAGGUAGUAUUGUUACAUAAUUAAUUUUAUGAAAGCCAUAUAAAUACAUGUUUUAUUCAUGUCUGCAAGGAAGUCAAACACAAAAUGUAGGGCUUUGAAGUGUCGAUGGUGUAGAAUUAUUUGGAAUGUUUUUAACAGAAGCAAUGUGGUUUUAGUAGCAUGAU